UACUGACACCCACAUGAGAACAGUCUAUCCUAUAUUUCUCACAACAUUACCAAGAGGUCUAAUCAAAGGCUAAAUAAUGAGGUCGCUGACAGUGUCUUUUCUCCUGACAUCCUGCUUCCUGAGCUCACAAAGUAUAAAGGUUACGGACAGUGGGUUUACCUUUACACUGGGGGCUGUAAAGAUUCUGAAGCAACUGAUGGAAUCGCUUGAAAAUGAAAAUCCUGAUCUAUCUGCAAGCCCUCCAGUGCCUCUCUGUAUCAACCCAAAUCUCCCGGAAGAGUUCCUGGAAGUGUGCCAGCAAGAAGAUCAAGACAGAAUCUUUGCAAAUCUGGUUCAAAUCAUCACACCUCCAGACCCAUGUGAGAUCUGUGCCAACGCUGCCUGCACUGGAUGUGUGUUCAAUAAGAUUUAACUCACCUGCAUUCCAUGAAGCAUCCUUUCGUCUUUUUCUGCCUUUUGUUUGUUUGGUUACUUGUUGAUAAUGUACACUACAUGUAAGUCAUAUUUUAAAUUGCUAUACUUGCAGAACUUUAAAAUACACUAUAUGACCAAAAGUUUUGGGACAUCUGACCAGCGCACCCAUAUAUGUCCCUAGACUGUUACCACAUAAUCGGAAGCACACAAUAGUAUAGGGUGUCUUUAUAUGUUGUAGCAUUACAAUUUCCAUUCACUGGAACUAAGAGAUCCAAAUCUGUUCCAGCAUGACAGUACCCCUGUGCACAAAGCGAGGUUCAUGACGACACGUUUUGCGAAGGUUGUAAUGGCCUGUACAGAGUCCUGACCUCAAUACCAAUGAAAACUUUUAGGAUGAACUGUAACACUGACCGCACCCCAGGCCUCCUUGUCCAACAUCAGUGCCCGACAUCAAUAAUGCUCUUGUGGCUGAAUGAGUAAAUCCCCAUGUUCCAAAAUCUAGGGGAAAAUCCUUCCCAGAAGAAUGGAGGUUAUUUUAACAGCAAAGGGAGACCAAAUCUGGAAUGGACUGUUCAAAACUCACAUAUACUGUAGGUGUGACGGUCAGGUCUCCACAAAAUUUUGGCCAUAUCGUGUAUCUAUAUUUACUUUUAUUACAGUAUAAUCUUUGCUUUGUUUAUGCUUCCCAAUGUACCAUAAUGAUCAUAUCGGUUUUAUACCAUAUAAAAUGGCUACUAUGAUA